AUGCUUUCUUUCUUCUUGUCAUGCCUUUUUGGCUUUAGCGUGGUCAACUCAACUGUCAUUACUCUGCCAGGUCAUCUGCGAAACGGGACAGUGCUUCUUGAUCUUUCUCAGAAAAACUCAACUGUGAUUGGAGCUGAGCUCGGUCCCACAAAUCAUGCAAGUUCGCUAGGGGAUCCCAUUGACACACACUUUAAGACCAUAAUCCAAGUGUAUCCAGAGGUCGGAGUCUCCGGCAAGUCGACGUACAUGAAUAUCUUGAAGGCCAUGAUAAAGUUGUCCUACAGCGAAGGCACACAUGCAUAUGCUGGGGAAACGUUUUCGUUCGACCUCUAUACAAAUGUCAAAAUCCGGAUCACGCGCGUUACUUCCUCCAGCUCAGCCUUGCAAUACCGAUAUGCCAUAUGGGGAUUAUUCAAGGCGGCCCAAUACCUGACUGAGAACAACAUCAUUGCAUGCGUUAUCGUGAAUCUGUUCUGGUCUGGAGGCGGUGCACCGGCCUUGGUAGGAGUCAUAGAGAUCUUUCCAGAUCCUCUGCCAGGCAAUGCUGAAAGCAACGAAAUCCAACGUCUUAUGGGAAUCGGUCAAGGAGCAGAACCCCCGCCCACGUCGCUUGGUCUGGCCAACCUCACCUCCAUUUUUAGCAAUGAGUCCGGCCUCGCAACAUCCGCUAAUGCUGGAAAACUCUCAGUGUUCUUCGAAUUUCAAGGGCCAACUUUGUCCGUCUCAGAGGUCUUCAUGACGCUGUUCCUUACGUUAUUAGAGAUAGCAUCGUUCGGAACAACGCACCUUGUGCACGAUUUGAAGGUCCAAGAUUUGAUUACCAAAACGGAACUUGUAUACGAACAUUAUGGUGCACCACGGACAUCUCCACCGUUCUUCGUUUAUCAUGUGGCCGCGCGUGCUCUGGGAUUCGUUCCUAAGUUUGAAGCAGUCACCUUUGUGUUGGAAGUGGACGGCACGCCAGUGGGAACAGGGUUCCUGCGGAAGUUUUCGAGUACCUCUUCUAUAUCGUCGUAG